AAAGACUAGUUCUUGUAGCAAGAAUCCGCGGAUGUUGUCUGUCAGUGUUACCGCGCAUUUUAUGUUUAGUGACGUCACGUAUUGUUUGUAACCUAGUGUUAUGGCGGACGGGCGACACCGCUUGCUGAGUCUUUGCACAAUAGCUCGUUAAUUAAGAUUCCAGGAUGUUACGUCGAGGUGGGAAACGCAUCCGUAUGGAUGAACCACCACCUGAAUAUGAUGCUCCACCCAUGACACCCAUGACCCCAGCGUCAGAACUGCAGGAGCCUUAUACUCCAUAUACACCGUUUACACCAACUGCAGAAACACCCCUUCAUCAUCCUGACUAUCAGAUGGGCUACAAUCAGCCUUCAUAUGAUCAACAGCCUCAUCAGCAGCAGCCUAAUCAAACACCACAGCAACAGCAUCAAGUUUAUGCUCACCAAGAUUAUGAACAGCCACAGCCACAGCAGCAAGUCUACCAACCACCACAGCAACAGCCAGAACAACAAACUUCCUAUCAGACUCAUUAUAACCAGCCACCACCGCAGACUCCUCAAUAUCAACAACAGCACACACCUCAGCCACAAGUUGAGCCAGAGCCAGAACCUGAGCCUGAGCCUGAACCUGAACCUGAACCUGAAAUGGAGCCUGAGGAACCAGAAGAAGAAAUGGACCAUGAAGCAGAUUCUGAUGCAGAUGCUCAUGACGAUGAUGACCAGCCUCCCCCAAAUUAUGAACCAAUACCACGACUAACAAUAUCUAUUCGAGGGAGAGGUAGAGGAAGAGGCCGUGGGAGAAUUGCUACAAUUAAGAAGAUUGGAGACCAGUUUGUAGGAGAGCCACCACGCAAGCGAGGUCGUCCAGGUCGGAAACCAAUCACUGAAGUAAUGGCAGAAGAUGAAAAUUCACUCUACUACAUAGUCAGAAAUGGACGAGCAGUAUUAGCGCAAGUUGUUGAUGACUGGAUAGAUGCAUACAAGGACAAUCGUGAUGGGUCACUAUUGCAGUUGAUGCAGUUCUUCAUUAAUGCUGCAGGAUGUAAGGGCAAGAUUACACCACAUAUGCAGGCUACAAUGGAACAUGCUGAGAUUAUCAGACGCAUGACAGAGGAGUUUGAAGAGGAGAGUGGUGAGUAUCCAUUAAUCCAGAGUGGGCAACAGUGGAAGAAAUUUCGAAGUAACUUCAGCGAAUUUGUGCAGCUUUUGGUAAAACAGUGUCAGUACUCCAUUAUCUAUGACCAGUACCUUAUGGACAACGUCAUCUCACUGCUGACUGGUCUCUCAGAUUCCCAGGUUCGAGCCUUCAGGCACACAGCAACCUUGGCAGCCAUGAAGCUGAUGACGGCUUUAGUUGAUGUUGCUCUCACUGUGUCAGUCAACUUGGACAACACCCAGCGUCAAUAUGAAUCAGAGAGACAAAAGUCUCGUGAGAAACGUGCAUCUGAUCGUCUGGAAUCUCUGAUGUCAAAGAGGCAAGAGUUAGAAGAAAACAUGGAUGAAAUUAAAAAUAUGCUGACAUACAUGUUUAAAUCUGUUUUUGUUCAUAGAUACAGGGAUACCUUGCCUGAAAUUCGCUCUAUUUGCAUGGCUGAAAUUGGAUUAUGGAUGAAGAAGUUUCACCAGAACUUUUUGGAUGAUUCAUAUCUGAAGUACAUUGGUUGGACACUCCAUGACAAAGUUGGUGAUGUCCGCUUAAAAUGUUUGCAGGCACUACAACCCCUUUAUGCUAGUGAAGAGCUCCAGGGAAAACUAGAACUAUUCACUAGUAAAUUUAAGGAUCGCAUUGUGGCCAUGACACUUGAUAAGGAGUAUGAUGUUGGUGUUCAAGCAGUAAAAUUAGUGAUUUCCAUUCUUAAACAUCACCGGGAUAUCUUAACAGACAAAGACUGUGAACAUGUGUAUGAAUUAGUGUAUUCAUCCCAUCGUGCUGUGGCUCAAGCAGCAGGAGAUUUUCUUAAUGAACGUCUUUUCAUUCCUGAUGAUGAUGCUGUAGCUGCUUUAAGAACUAAGCGUGGCAAGAAACGUCGACCAAAUACUCCUCUUAUUCGAGAUCUUGUACAAUUUUUCAUUGAGUCAGAGCUACAUGAACAUGGAGCAUACUUGGUAGAUUCUCUGAUCGAGAGUAAUGAAAUGAUGAAAGAUUGGGAGUGUAUGUCUGACUUGCUGCUAGAAGAACCAGGCCCCUUGGAGGAGCCCCUUGAUGAUCGGCAGGAGACUAGCCUCAUUGAAAUAAUGGUGUGUUGUAUCAAGCAAGCUGCAACUGGUGAACCACCAGUUGGACGUGGACCAACGAGGAAGAUUUUCUCUGCAAAGGAGAUAAAACAAGUGAAUGAUGAUCGUGCAAAACUGACAGAACAUCUUAUACCCACGCUUCCCCAGUUGUUGCAUAAGUAUUUAGCUGACCCAGAGAAGGUGGCCAACCUCCUAAUAAUUCCUCAGUACUUUGAUUUAGAAAUAUAUACAACCAGCAGGCAGGAGAAGAAUUUGGACCUUUUAUUAAAGCUGAUCCAGGAAGUUGCUGAUAAACACAGUGAUACAGAAGUUCUGGAGACUGCAGCUAAAACACUCGAGCUUCUUUGCAAUGAUGAUUAUGCCAUAUAUUCACGUUGUGAUAUUGCACGUUCUUCACUACUUGACAUGGUUGUAAACAAAUACCAAGAAGCCAAUGAUGAAUAUUUAACUCUUCUUGAUGGUGAGGAGGAGCCUGAUGAAGAUGAAACUUUUGCUCUGGUAUCAUCAGUGAAAAAAGUAUCCAUUUUUUAUUCCUGCCAUAAUAUGGGCCCUUGCAAUAUUUGGAACUCCCUUUACAGAAACAUAAUUUCUGUUGUAGACAGUAGCAAAAUACUACCAGAAGAGGUCACAAAGUACUGCAUAUCAUCUUGCUUCUUUGGAGUAAUGUGGGAGUUACAUCAAAUAGAAGAUAUGAAUGAAAAGAGGGCAAUUACACAUGAUGUUGUUGAAGCUCUACGAACACGGCUCAAUCAUUUCCUAGAAGCAUGCAAACACUUACUGGCAAACUCCAGUAAUGCAGUUUUUCGAGAGGAGGCUUAUGUGACUAUAUGUGAUUUGUUGAUCAUCUUUAGUAAGCAGUUGACAUCAAAUAAUGCACUAGCCCCUUUAGUCUACGAACCAGAUCGAGGACUUCAGCAUUUGCUUAACCACUUUAUUCAAACUUAUGUUUUUAUUGAUGAUGAAGAUGAGGAACAAGAUGAGCAUGUCAAGAUUGAGGAAUUACAUAAACGUAGGAAUUUCCUGGCUACAUUUUGCAAGUUGAUAGUCUAUAAUGUUCUUCCAACAAAGGUUGCUGCAGAUGUUUUUAAACAUUAUGUCAGAUACUAUGAUGACUAUGGUGACAUCAUCAAGGCAACUUUGGGUAAGGCUCGUGAGAUAAAUAAGGUCAACUCAGCAAGGACAAUGGCCUUGGCUCUCAAUAUAAUCUUCAGAGACCUUCAGAAAGAUAAUACCAGAAUCAACAGGCAAAGUGUAGAUUUCAUCAGUUUAAAGGAGCUAGCAAAGAGAUUUGCUUUGUCAUUUGGUCUUGAUGCUGUAAAGAAUCGUGAAGCCAUCACUGCUCUUCAUCGUGAGGGUAUACUGUUUGCUGUUAACCCACUGGAGAAUCCAGUGGACCCCACAGGUGCUCCACCUAAUCUGGCCUUCCUUGAAAUACUAACAGAGUUCACAAAUAAACUUCUUAAGCAAGACAAAAGAGUAGUGCUUGCAUAUUUGGAUCGUCGUAUUGCUGCAGGGAUGCCUAGUUCCCGUGGUGAAGAUUGGCAGCCUUUGCUUAUGUACCGCAAUUCCUUGGUGCAUGGAGAGGGUGAUCAGCCACCACAAACAUCUAAGCGUGCAUAUACACGGAAACGCAAACAUGUGGAUGAUGAUGAUGAUGAAGAUGACGACGAUGAUAUGCCAUUCCAGCCAGCUAUUGAAGAACCACGAGAAACUGGGCGUCCACGCCGCCGCCGCCGUCUGGAGCAAGUUCAUGCAGAUGUUAUUGGUCGUGUGGUUCGUCACAAGUGGUACAUUGAUGGAGAGGGGGUGUAUUGUACAGGUACAGUGUUGGGUAUGUCUGCACCAGGGACAGUUCCAGAGGAAUCAGAUGAUGGUCAGUUUAUUAAUGGAACAUGCUAUGAUAUCCAGUAUGAUGAUGAAGAUUUUGUGAGGCAUUUGAUUUUGGAAGGAGAUUGGCAGCGAGGAGACGUCCAGGUCUUAGGCCGAGCCCCAAAUAUAGUUUAGGCAGGCAUUCAUAUAUUUUCAUAUUUGCAAUAAAAUAAAAUUGUUAUACAAUUGAUAGAUUUUUUUUCAUGGUCUCUAUAUUAUACAUUUAAAAUAGUGUAUGAUUAAGUCCUUGGUGGUAGUCUUCAUAUGUAUAUUUGAAAGUGUAAAAUGUAAGAGCUCAUGCAAUUUUUAUUAACAAAUCUAUUGAUAUAGUAAGUCAAUAAUAUUAAUUUUUAAAUAUAAAAUGUUGAUGUAAUUUACAUCAAUUAAUAUUUUAUAUACAGUACAGUAUUUAAAUUUUUAGGCUUUUACAGUAGUUAUAUCUUUUAUAAUGUAUUAUUAGGGACAGUUAUAUAUUUUAGAAUGCCCAAAGAAAAAUUUAUAUAGCAUUUAAUUUAGGGAGAAAAUCUUAGAAAAGCCAUGGGAUGACAUUGUACAAAUAUGAUGCAAAUAAAUAUUUUUAAAUGUU